AUGGCGGGCGAUCCGACCGGCGGCGGCGGCGGCUCCGCGACGGGGAAGGGUCCCCGCUCGUCGACGCGGCACCAGCAGUUCCGCGACCGCGCUAAGACCCGCGUGGACGACCUCCAGGAGAUCUUCUCCGGCCUCCAGUCCGCCCGCAAGGAGAGCCGCUCCGCCGACGCCGCCGUCCUCGAGGAGCAGGUCCACCAGAUGCUCCGCGAGUGGCGGGCCGAGCUCAGCGUCGCCUCCCCCGCCUCCUCCCUCCAGAACUCGCUGGGGAACAACCAGGGCGCCGCGGAUCCGCCGUCGGAGACGCUGCGGCUGCUGCAGCUGGCGAUUGAGGAGGAGGACGACGCCACCAGCAAGCUGGCGCAGCCGAUGCAGCCCUCCCGGCAGGACGAUCAUCAGAGUCUCAACCCCGGACUGCAAGUACACGGAGGGACUGUGGAUGGCGGUGCCAAUGCGUCACAGCAGUCACUGGGUCAUGGAAUGCAGGGAGAUUGUGGGGGAGAAGUAGCUGAUGUUGCUAAUGCAUUGUUCAGUGAUCAGAUGUACUAUAUAGACCAUGAACUUAGUAUUGAUGAUUUUCUUCACGGGUCAAACCCAGAUGGCCUCAAUAACCAGCCGGAACAUCAGCAGUUCAAUUUGCCACUAGAUCUGCAACAUUCUAAUAGUUCAUAUGCUGAUGCAAAUAACUCUGUGCAAAGUACUGGAGAUGUUUUUUUCCACAUGUCAGACUUGCUCACAACAGUCAGCCCAUCACCUUCUCAAUAUUUGGGGCCAAAAUGUGCGCUCUGGGAUUGUGGUCGACCUGUGCGAGGAUCAGAAGAGUGUCAAGACUACUGCAACCCAUAUCAUGCUGGCUUAGCUUUGAAUGAUGAUGGUCUUCUGGGGACAAUGGGAACAAGACCUGUGAUGCGGCCAAGGGGUAUUGAUUUGAAAGAUGGGCCCCUGUUUGAUGCUCUUUGUGCAAAAGUCCAAGGAAAAAAUGUUGGUAUUCCUGUCUGUGUAGGGGCUGCAACAUCAAAAUCACCUUGGAAUGCACAUGAACUUUUUGAUCUUUCUCUUCUUGAGGGUGAAUCUCUUAGGGAAUGGUUAUUCUUUGACAGACCAAGGAGGGCAUUUGAGAGCGGCAACCGCAAGCAAAGGUCGUUGCCAGAUUACAACGGCCGUGGAUGGCAUGAAUCAAGGAAGCAAGUGAUGAAGGACUUUGGGGGCCUGAAGAAAUCCUAUUACAUGGACCCACAACCAUCCAGCAACUAUGAGUGGCACCUUUUUGAAUAUGAGAUAAAUGAUUCUAACACUCUAGCCUUGUACCGGCUUGAGUUCAAGGCUUCUGAUCCUAAAAGGAGUGUUAAAUCAAAACUGGGCAGCAGUUCACUCAACGAAAUCCAGCAGCAAAUGGUCAAGCUUAGUGCAAACAGUCCGGUGGACAACAAGCGGGGCGCUAGGAGCAAGACAAAGGCUACUCAAAAGGACACCAAUGCGAAUACAUAUCCAGCUCUCAAGACCACCAAUCAAGCGGGUGCUUCAAAUGCUUAUGAAGCAGUGCCCCUCAACAUCAUCCCCAAUCAGGCCAGUGCCUCCAAUGCUUACCAAGCAGUGGCUCCCAGCAUCCCCAAUCAGGACAGUACCUCGAACGCCUAUGAAGAUGCAUCACAAGUGGACCCGAUGUCAUAUCUGAAUGAAAACGUCGUCUAUGGACCUCAUCUCCCAUAUGGUUACCCUGACGGAAAAGGCGAUUUCUACUGGAACCCCAGUGGCGGCACCUGA